AUGGAGUACGAAGAUGCUGUUGAGCCCGGCAGCAGCUGUGACCACAGGACUCAGUGGCAAACGUUGAAGACACCUGCAAGUGAUUGGGUGCAGCCUGUGAAAGCAUGGCAGCUGCUGAGGCAGAGGUGGCGUCCCCCUCCGAUUGCCGACGCAGCCUCUGAUGCUGCAGAAACAGCCGCAGUGGUAGCGGCCCGGACCAGAUUGCCAGCCCAGGUCUCCAAGGCCGCCCUGGCUGCUAAGCUGCUGUCGCUCAGCGGCGUGUUCGCCGUGCACAAGCCCAAAGGGCCCACUUCAGCCGAGCUGCUGAAUCGGCUGAAGGAGAAGCUGCUGGCAGAAGCUGGAAUGCCUUCCCCGGAAUGGCACAAGAGGCAAAAGCAGACAUUGAAAAUUGGGCACGGAGGGACGCUGGACAGUGCUGCACAGGGAGUCCUGGUGGUUGGGAUUGGAAGAGGAACAAAAAUGUUGACCAGCCUGCUGUCGGGGUCCAAGAGGUAUAUUGCCACUGGAGAACUGGGGAAAGCUACCGACACGCUGGAUUCUACUGGGAAGGUAACGGACGAGAAGCCAUAUGAUAAAAUAACACGAGAAGAUAUUGAAGGCGUUCUGCAGAAGUUCACUGGGAAUAUAAUGCAAGUCCCUCCGCUCUAUUCUGCGCUGAAGAAGGAUGGCCAAAGGCUUUCGACGUUAAUGAAGAAGGGCGAAGUGGUUGAGGCCAGACCGGCCAGACUAGUGACUGUCUACAGCAUCUCCCUCCUGAGGUUCCAGCCACCACUUUUCACAUUAGAUGUUGAGUGUGGAGGAGGCUUUUACAUCAGAAGCUUGGUCAAUGACAUUGGCAAAGAGCUCUCUUCCUGUGCCAACGUGCUGGAGCUGACCCGCACCAAACAGGGGCCAUUUACCCUUGAGGAGCACGCCCUCCCUGAAGACAGAUGGACCAUCGAUGACAUCACACAGGCCCUUCAGCACUGCCCAUCCCUUCUGCCAGAGGAGUCGGCGUCUAAAAAGCCAAAAUCUGAGAAAUCCAGUGACCAGGUUUUAAGCUAUGAAUAUAUAACUCUAAGCGAGACAAAGAGAGAAGAGGAUGCAAUUAAGACCCUCUGAGACCGGCCUGGGAAGAUCAUUUCCGGGUUGGUGUGUGGAUGUCUUAAUGCCCCUCAGUGGUGAAUGUGAUUGGAUUCAGAUAAAUGAGCUUUCUGGAUUUGAUCUUUUCUUAGUCUUUUUCGUAUGAAAAAGUAAACAAUUUUCUAAUUACAGAAAACAAGUAGUUCUGUUAGACUCGCAGAAGCAAGUGUACAGAAUGUCACGUUUGCUUUGUUUGAACUGCCAGGGGCUUCCACUGCUCUCUGAUUCCUUGAGUAUAUUUGAAGUGCUCAGUAUUGAACUGUUCUGUUUGCAGAGCUCACGGCUGUUGUGAAGCCCUGUACUGAUUGACUGUAGUCCUCUGUGGCUGUGUUUCUCAGAUCUUGACAAUGAAUAUAUUUUCCUAAUAAAUAUUCACAAAUGCACAAACCUCUAUUCUACCUCUAACAGAAUGUAAUAGUUUAAUAUGUGUGUAGUCUCCCAUGUAGAGCAGAACUCAGCUCCUGUACCUCUGUAUUGUAGAGGCUAUUUCUGUGGUCACCCACAUCGUAUCAAAUUUCUAAAAAUGUGGAUUUUUAGAAUAUAAGCUAAAGAAUGUAUCUUGGAUUAAAAUUCUCUC